UAUAUGUGUGGAGUGCGUGUCUCUAUCCAACGGUUAGUGGUUGACCGACCAUCGAUGCAUUCACUCGGUAAUCUUGUAAAUCGUUGUUGACGUGUUGUAUUCGAGAUUUAUAAACAAAAAUAUAUCAAAUAAAAUAUCAGACGAAAUAAUAAUAAACGGUGAAGAUGUCGUGGGCGUGCAACCCGGCUGUGACGUCAAUGAUCUUGGACAGCUACCAGGUAGCUGGUCCACUCUUUGUGCAAACUCUACAGACAUUGUUCGCAGCACAAUGUGCUCUAACGGGCGACCACCUUUGGCCUGAUGACGCUACAAAAUCAGUCCUUCAAGAUCCAAACUACGACUUCAUAGUGGUGGGUGCUGGUUCUGCAGGUGCUGUGGUCGCUAACCGAUUAAGUGAAGUGCCAGAAUGGAAAGUAUUACUAGUUGAAGCUGGAGGCAACCCUGCGUUAACUACUGAAGUUCCACAACUAUUCUACAGUAAUAUGGGUACUUCUCUGGAUUGGGGAUACAAAACGCAGCCCCAAAAUGCUUGUAGAAGCUACGCAACAAAGGGCUGUGCUUGGCCUCGAGGGAAAGUGCUGGGAGGAAGCAGUAGUAUAAACGCCAUGUUUUAUGUCAGAGCCAACAAGGAAGACUACAAUGAGUGGGCAGGCAGCGGCAACUAUGGAUGGAGCUACGAUGAAAUAUUACCAUAUUUUAUGAAAAGUGAAAAUUUUACUGGUGAAUUCACUGAAGAACGAAGCAAAUAUCAUGGUCGCGAUGGUCCAUUUAAUAUUAUCGAAGCUACAGAACUAAAUCUAUUCGAACAACUAACUAUACAAGCCGCUGUAGAACUUGGAUUGAAGAAUUUGAGUGACGUUAACGGUGCUGAUCAGAUGGGAAUAACAGCAUGUCAAUCAAAUAUCAAAGAUAAUUAUAGAUACAGUACUGCAAGAGCCUUUUUGAGCACUGUUAAGGACAGGAAAAAUCUACACGUAAUAAAAAACGCCCUUGUUACUAAAGUAUUGUUCCAUCCAGGCACAAAAUCAGUUAAAGGUGUACUGAUUAAUAAAGAUGGUCAGGACAUUGUUGUAAACGCAAAGAAAGAGGUUAUAUUAUCAGGUGGAGCCAUCAAUUCACCACAAAUAUUAAUGUUGUCAGGUAUUGGGCCGAAACAACAUUUAGAAAAUAUGGAUAUUGAAGUUAUUGAAGAUUUACCAGUUGGAGAAAAUUUACAAGACCAUGUAUUUUCUCCCGUGUUUUAUACGAUGGAGGCUGGUGAACAUUCAACUUCGAUUGAUGCCAUUUCUAAUGCAUUUGUAGAAUACUUUUUAAAAGGAACGGGACUAUUUAAAAAUACUAGUCCGCAUAGGGUUAUCAGCUUUAUAAAUACCACCCAUCCUGAUUCUUCAAUGCCGGAUGUUCAGCACCAUCAUUUAGUUUUGCCACCAAGUGUCUCGAAUAUGAUUGACGUGUUUGAGAAGCACGGUUUAAACGAAAACGCUUAUAAACAAUUCUUGGAGUUAAACAAGAAUCAUUUUGUGAUGAUUGUUUACAAUAUUGUGUUACGUCCAAAAUCGAAAGGAAGAAUUCUUUUGAAAAGCAAGGACCCUCAUGAGUACCCUCUGAUAUACGCUAACUACUUCGAGGAUCCAGAAGACGUAGCGACUAUGAGAAGAGCAAUGAGACAGUAUGCAUUGAAGUUAGGCAAAACUAAGGCGUUUGAGGCAGCUGGCUUGAAAUUAAAAUGGCUUAAGAUCGAAACGUGUGAAGCGUUUGAGAAGUUGAGUGAUGAGUAUUUGGAAUGUGUGGCAAGGGAGCUAACGUUUUCACUGUAUCACCCAACGAGUACUGUGAAGAUGGGACCUAAGACUGACAAGGGAGCUGUGGUUGAUCCAGAACUGAGAGUGUAUAACGUGAAAGGCUUAAGAGUGAUAGACGCCAGUGUCAUGCCGGAUGUUGUUCGGGGCAACACAAAUGCACCCACAAUUAUGAUUGCAGAGAAAGGAUCUGAUUUGAUUAAGGAAACAUGGUUGACUAAACACACUGAACUAUAGUGCGUGAAUUGAGUACGAAUAACAUGGCAUAGGA